AUGGGGCUGCCGGCGCUGGAGUUCAGCGAGUGCUGCCUGGACAGCCCACAGUUCCGGGAGCGGCUCCGCUCCCACGAGGCCGAGCUGGAGAAGACCAACAAGUUCAUCAAGGAGCUCAUCAAGGAUGGGAAGUCGCUCGUCGCCGCCCUCAAGAACCUGUCGGCAGCCAAGCGCAAGUUCGCUGACUCCCUCAACGAGUUCAAGUUCCGCUGCAUCGGUGAUGCCGAAACGGACGAUGAGAUCUGCAUAGCCAAGUCUCUGCAGGAGUUUGCCACGGUGCUGCGGAACCUGGAGGACGAGCGGAUGCGCAUGAUCGAGAACGCCAGCGAGGUGCUGAUCACGCCGCUGGAGAAGUUUCGCAAGGAGCAGAUCGGGGCUGCCAAGGAUGCCAAAAAGAAAUACGACAAGGAGACCGAGAAGUAUUGUGGUGUCCUAGAAAAGCACUUAAACUUGUCUUCUAAGAAGAAAGAAUCCCAGCUUCAGGAGGCAGACAGCCAGGUGGACCUGGUGCGGCAGCAUUUCUAUGAGGUCUCCCUGGAGUACGUGUUCAAGGUGCAGGAGGUGCAGGAGAGGAAGAUGUUUGAGUUCGUGGAACCUCUGCUGGCCUUUCUGCAGGGGCUCUUCACCUUCUAUCACCAUGGCUACGAGCUUGCAAAGGACUUCAGCGACUUCAAGACAGAGCUGACAAUCAGCAUCCAGAACACAAGAAAUCGUUUUGAAGGAACAAGGUCAGAGGUUGAAUCUUUGAUGAAGAAGAUGAAGGAGAACCCCCAUGAGCACAAAAACAUCAGCCCCUACACGAUGGAGGGUUAUCUCUACGUGCAGGAGAAACGUCACUUUGGGACGUCCUGGGUGAAGCAUUACUGCACGUACCAGAGGGAAUCGAAGCGGAUCACGAUGGUGCCGUUUGACCAGAAGUCUGGAGGGAAAGGGGGAGAAGAUGAAGCUGUUAUCCUCAAAUCCUGCACGCGGCGGAAAACAGACUCCAUUGAGAAGAGGUUUUGCUUUGAUGUGGAAGCUGUGGAUCGGCCUGGCGUGAUCACCAUGCAGGCGCUUUCCGAGGAGGACCGGCGGCUGUGGAUGGAGGCGAUGGAUGGCCGGGAGCCGGUCUACAACUCGAACAAGGACAACCAAAGCGAAGGCACUGCCCAGCUGGAUAACAUCGGCUUCAGCAUUAUCAAGAAGUGCAUACACGCUGUCGAGACAAGAGGGAUCAAUGAGCAAGGGCUCUACCGAAUCGUUGGAGUGAACUCUAGAGUUCAAAAGCUGCUGAGUAUAUUAAUGGAUCCCAAAACAGCCACUGAAACAGAAACAGAGAUCUGUGCAGAGUGGGAGAUAAAGACCAUUACCAGUGCUCUGAAAACUUACCUGAGAAUGCUUCCAGGGCCACUCAUGAUGUACCAGUUUCAAAGGAGCUUCAUCAAAGCAGCAAAACUGGAGAAUCAGGAGUCAAGGGUGUCGGAGAUCCACAGCCUCGUCCAUCGGCUCCCGGAGAAAAACAGGCAGAUGCUGCACUUGCUCAUGAACCACUUGGCAAAAGUUGCAAAUAAUCACAAGCAGAACCUGAUGACUGUUGCUAAUCUGGGUGUGGUAUUUGGGCCAACACUGCUCCGACCUCAAGAGGAAACAGUCGCUGCCAUUAUGGACAUCAAAUUUCAGAACAUCGUGAUUGAAAUUUUAAUAGAAAACCAUGAGAAGAUAUUUAACACGGUGCCAGAGACGCCGCCAUCGAACUCGCAGCUGCUGUUAUCUCGCAAGAAAAGCACGGACUCGAAGCCACCCUCCUGCAGCGAGCGCCCGCUGACGCUCUUCCACACAGCACAGCCCAACGAGCAGCAGGAGAACAGGAACAGUCUCAUCAACUCCAGCCUGGAAUCCGUCAUCUCUUCAAACGUAAACAGCUUCCUCAACUCCAACAGCGCGCCCCAGCCCAGCCUCAACUCAAGUGAUCUCGAACUAGAAGUAAUUAAACCCAACAGGCCAAAUUCACUCCCUCAGAAUCCAAGCCCAACGUCACCCCUCUCACCGUCCUGGCCCAUGUUCUCUGCGCCAUCAAGUCCUAUGCCCACCUCCUCUACGUCCAGCGACUCAUCCCCCAUCAGCUCGCCGCUGCGGAAAGCCCGAGCUUUGUACGCCUGCAAAGCAGAACACGACUCGGAGCUCUCCUUCACAGCGGGCACCGUGUUUGAAAACGUUCAUCCAUCGCAGGAGCCUGGCUGGCUGGAAGGGACCCUCAAUGGCAAGACAGGAUUAAUCCCUGAGAACUACGUGGAGUUCCUAUAACUUUGGGUGCAGGAAGCGCCACCGCUGAGCUUUCCAUGGUAUCCAUGGCAGUCGCUGGCAGGACUGUUCUGCUCUCUGCGACGCAGGGUGAGGACUUCCCCGUCCCAGCUGAGAUGAACGUUUGUGUGGAUAGAACCGUGCUCCUCUACCCGUGUGCGCUGGGGCUAUGGCUCUACUCCUGCAGCCCCAAUCCGAGGCAGUGAUGCCCAAAGCCCACAUCCCAGCAUGGAGCCAUCAUAGCAAUGAGGAAACCAGCAAAGCAGCAGCUCCAUACCACAACCUGCGUGCUCCAGAGGUGCCAAGCCUGCCAACUGUGAACCAGCACGAGAGACCCACCAGCCUGUGCUCCCUGCGGUGACACUGGGUGCCACCUGUAAAGAAGGAGUGGAGGGACCCCAGCCAAUCAUCCUCCCCGCUGGAGGAAGAGCGGUCAGCAGCGAGGAGCCCUUUGCUCCCAGCCCCUUCCUUGCUUUCCAACCAGCUCCAUGCAGAUGAGGAGCAACCCAGCCCCUUCUCCCAUGUCCAGGGAAGGGGUGAAGCACCUUUGGCUGAUGCCUGCAGCAGCAGCAGUGGCAGGAGGCUGCGGGUCCUGUGCUGUGCUGCCGCAGCAGAGCUCUGCUCUUGCAGGCGAGAGCGAUCCCACACUGGGCUCUGCAGCGCCGGCACCGUGGAGUGGGGAUAUUUGGGACCAAACCUCUCUCAAACUGUGUCUUUUUUUAAAGGUCGAACUUUCUGCGAGGCAAACGUCUGUGAUCUGAGGCAAACAACCCGCGUUUCCUUCCUGGAGGGCAAGAUGCAGCUCCAGAUAAAUGCCACUCCUUCUGCUGAUGGGCUGGUUUGUGUCUCCAUUUCCGAUGCACGUUGCACAGACACAUCCAUGCUUUCGCGAGUGCCCAGGCCGCUGAUUUAGUGCCAUUUUGGAGCUGUGUUUGCCACUCUCCACCGUUGCUUUUAAGGUGGUCUCGUGCUUGAAGCUCCAUGCGUGUAGUCUGUCCGUGCCACGUCUGUGCAGUACCGGUGUGCAAGGUAAAUUAUUCCCAUGCUCAUAGGACAUUUGGUGAUAGUGUGGCCAUAAAACAAAGGACAGGUCCUUCAGCUCCACCACUGCUCUGUUCCUGCCCAGGAGAGGAUGCUCCUGCCUCCAUGGACAUGCAGAGUGGAUUUGAAAUCCCUCACUAUUCCAGGUCAUUUUUAAGGGAGAGGGUGGGAGAAGGAGCCCAGCAUGAUUGCGAAGCCGGGCUGGCCGGGUGGCACGUCGAGAGCUGGAAUGAUUGUAUUUUGUGAUAGAGAAUGGUGGAAGAACCCCCAGAGUCCUGGGCAGCAGCGGCGCUGGGGGUGGAUGCUGUGUCUUUUGUAAUAAUUUUACAGACACUGACUGAAUUGCUGUACGUGUCACUUUUUAUUUUUGAAAGAAUUAAUGUAUAAAUAGAGUAUCUUAAAAUAUUAUGAGGGAAAGAUCUAUAUUUGAUAUUUUUAGAAGACCUGUAACGAGAGAAGCGAAGGACAUUUGAAACCAGUAACAGAGAAGCACUUGCUAACACAUCCACAGCCACCCUCGGACCCUGGGCUGCCUUUUUGUCUGCUUUGUGGUGUCACUUAGAAAUGAGGGAAUCUGAAGUCUCCGACCUCUUCAUGUUCUUUACAGUGAUUAAACCUCCGGGACUUUUGUCUUGGGGAAAAAAAGGAGGAAAAAGUUGAUCUUCUUUUCCUGAUUUCCAGGGCGGGCGCAGCACAGCCCGUCUCCUCAGGGUUGUAACCUCGCUGUAAGUGAUGCACUAGGCACAUUGCCCGCUGGGGAUGUCUGGGCAGGGGUGAAGCCUCCAAACUCCCGUGUUUUCUGCUUUGCGGCAAUGGAUGAAGAGAGCGGAGAGGUUUGUAGGGGUAAAAGCCAGUGUUUCACUGUCCUUGUUCAUCCUUGGAUUCAGUACUGAACACUUGUACCACUUGUUGAUGCUCCCGGAGCAGAGGAUCGGGCUGGGCUAUAUCCAGCCCCAGCAGUCGCUGGGACAUCGGAGGCUGCUCAGAGCUGGCUCUGGCAUCUCCACUGCUGGAGCGGGCACUACAGAAACCCCUGUCCAGGGGUGCAGGGGAGGGAUAGGAAGGGCUGAUGGAAAGGAGCGGGAGAAAAAGAGGCUAUAUCAUCUGUCAGAAGCAUUUGCUUGUGUUCAGGGUUGUCCUGUCCUGAGCUGCUCCUCCAACACAGAAUCAUGGAAUGGUUUGAGUUGGAAAGGACCAACCUGGCCUUGAACACUGCCAGGGAUGGGGCAGCCACAGCUUCUCUGGGCACCCUGUGCCAGCGCCUCAGCACCCUCACAGGGAAGAGCUUCUGCCUCAGAGCUCAUCUCAAUCUCCCCUCUGGCAGGGUAAAGCCAUUCCCCUUGUCCUGUCCCUGCAGGCCCUUGUCCAAAGCCCCUCUCCAGGUUUCCUGGAGCCCCUUUAGGCACUGGAGCUGCUCUGGGUUCUCCCUGGAGCCUUCUCUUCUCCAGGCUGGACAAGCUUGGAAUGCUGCUGGAGCCGGUGGCUUUCCCAGCACAGCCUUCUGUCUCAAACACGGUUCUCAGCCUUUGAACGGGAAGUGUUCUAUGGACAAAUGAGGGCCUCAGACACAUUAGAACUGCUCUAAAAGGCAUAUUUAAGGGAUGUGGUGUUUGGGGACCUCUU